AUGCUUUCAACUCGUUUAAAUAAUCAAUUAAAACCAUCGUUAGUUUUAAUUAUUGACGAAAGUCCAUCAAAUUCAUCAUUAGGCUUUCAAUUUGCCUGUGCAUAUGCUUGUGAAACUCUAAAUAAAUUUUCGAAAAUUCAUGUUCUUUUAACAGAACAUGAUGAAAGAAAUUGGUUUCAUUCACAUGUAUUUGCAAAUCGUAAUGAAUUGAAAUCAAAAAUGAAUAUUAUUGACAUAUUUGAUGAUAAUCAUUCAACAAAAUCAAUCGAAGAAUGCGUUAAAAUAACAGAUGAAAAAGAUUUAAUUAUUAUUGAAUCUCUUCCUUGGUUAUUAUUACGAACAUCAGAAGGAAGCUUAUCUCGUUUAUUAUUCAAUUGGAGUAAAACAAAUAUGGUUAUGGUUGUUGUUCCAUUUGAUUGUGUAGAUGAACAUUCAACUCUUAAGAAUCUUAUAUCGAUUUCAUAUAUAACCAUACGAAUUAACUAUCUUUUGAAAUCGGAAACAAUCGAAGCAAAAAUUGAACAACGAUCACGAACAAGUGUUAAUACAAUUAAAUCUUCUUUAACAUUCUCAAUUGAUAAACAAUUCAAUAUAAUUAAUUUACAUGAAGAAAAAAUAAGUAAUCGAAAAUCUAAACCUACGAAGAAUACUGAUGGAUCUUCUAAAACUGAUGUUACCGCAAAUUUAACUUUCAAUCUCCGUUUAAAAGAUGAUGAAGUGACUGCAAAAAAUAAUCUCGUUCUACCAUAUACAAAACAACAUAUACAAGCAUCUGAUGAUGGUUGUACAAUUCAUUAUUCAUAUGAUAAAGAGGAUGAUAUUGAUGAAGAUGAAGAUGAAGAUUUAGAUUUAUAA